AUGCAAGGGUGGCGUGGAACAUUUAGUGGCACCACUAAUGCUCUAAGAGGUUUCGAACAACGUACAUGCAUAAGAGAUUAUGCUAAAUUAAAAUCAGAAAUUGAAAAAGAAAUUGAGGCUUUUAAUACAAAGAAGCAUAAAGAUUUCUAUAAAGAGUGGGAUAAAAUAAAUAAAAAUAUAAUACAAAAAAACAAUGAAAUAAGCUAUUGUGUUAACAAAGGACAUGUUUCAGUUGAUUUAAUUAAUCUUGAUAAUAUAAAGAAUUUUAGAUUAAAGUGUCCUAAUCGUUAUGCACCUACAUGUAGUAAUAGUUCUCCAUCUCAAGUUAGAAAAUCUCCUGCUUCAAAAAAAACUGUUUCAGAAGGAUCGUGUAUAGCAGGUAAGGGUUGUAAAGAAGGAAUAGCACAAGCAAAAGAAGAAAAGAGCAAAUCACAAUCGAGAUCUCCGGAAGGAGACCCUAAAACAAUAGAGUUCCAUAGAGCAGAUCCCAAACACCAACAUCAAAAGGAUUCUAUUGGACAAGAGCCAGGAAAUGCAAAGAUAAUUUCACAGGCACAACCGAGUGCUGCGCAUUCUGAUUCGCAUGUUGUAACUGAUAUCAAAGAGCGUGAACAAAUAGAUAAUAGGGAUUCAACUUCAUCUAGUCGAGAAAAAGCUCCGGCACAACGUUUAUCAGUCAUAGAACCUUCUAAAGAAAACACAUUUGAAACUCCUCCAGGAGAUCAACAUUUACAAACUGUCACUGCUGUGGAAUCUGAUACAGGUGCCUCUUCUCAAGUAAGGGUUUCAGGUGAAAAUAUUCCUCAAAGUAAAAUACCUCUUGACGAAACACAUGGUGCUAAUACUACUAGUCAGCAAUCUAAUGAUAUUACAGUCUCUCGAGGAAAAGAUGGUGACGGCCAAACCGUUGCUACUAAUACACAUGGUCCUGAAUCUGCUGCUGAAGGAGCUUCCCUUCAUCAUAAUCAUCUUAAUGGAUAUCGUAUUAGUGCAUCAACCGGUGAUUUGAGUUCCGCUAGUGCAGAACUUGAUACAAGAAAUGAUGAUCAUGCUGGUAACGUGACUACUAAUAGUGAAUCUCCUCCUGUUAAAACUGCUUGUGCUGAAGCAUCUAGUGAUCAAGCAUCUGGAAGUGAAACUUCUUGUUCUAAAAGAGAAUACAGUGAAUUGAAUACUUCUACUGGUAAUAUACUAGAGAGAGUUCAUGAAUUUUUCAAUAAAUUACCAAAUAAAGAACAUGUAAUAAAGGCUUCAGCACCCAUGGGAAUUGUUCUCUUAUUGGGCCUUCUUUUUAAAUACACUCCUUUGUGGAGGGUUCUUACUAAAAAGAAUAGGAAGAAAGAAGCAGGUAUUAAUGAAGAAUUGAAUAGUGUACUACAAGAACCUUCAAUUAUUGAUGACGAAAGAAAUAUCCCAUUUUCAUAUGGUGCUUUUGAAUAUUCAUCAUUUGAUCAAAAUUCAUAUUAA